AUGCGUCCUCGACCUUGCCAGAUCAUCACUGUUUCGUACUGCAACGAUGUCCCGGUUAGGGUCGAGAUCAUCAACAGCCAUGGUGACAGAGAACUCGUGCUAGGUAUUGACGACAGCCAGGUCAUUUCACUGCUGGUGUUUGCCUCGAAUGGAUUCGAGCAGAGCGAGCUCUGUCUUCGGUUCCGGCACCAUCCGUCUAUAGCAAUGGCGCCUAUUCAUGAGAUUCUAGACGAGCGUGAUGAGCUCAUUCGCAAGUUCUACGUUCAGAUGUGGAGUGCUGCAGGCGAUUCCUCGCUGUCCGACUUGACCUUUGCGCAGAAAGGACUCACUGUGACGCAGGAGCAUGUCUCGGAGUUCUGCCGCCUAAUCGCGCCAAUGGAUUUUUUGUUUGUCCUUGCGUGGCCCAGCAUUCUGCGCAGCCUGACAUCCGACAACAUCCAUUGCGGGCUGCUCAAAAUUGUCCACCUCUCGAACAGCUUCAACUUCGUCGAUGGUUCCGACCAAAUUGCCGUCAGCGACACACGUGUUCCUGUACCGUGGGUCGAGAUUGACUUUGGGCUCACCUUCACCCGUCGUGACAAUAACGUCGUGCAAGUGAGAUUUGACACUAUGGACGAUAUCGCUGUUUUGGAGUCGAAGGAGUGGAUCUCGUGGCUAGAGUCCGACGCGUCAGCGUCAUCGAAGGCGCAUGUGGCUGAUAUCAUGUAUGAAAGCGGCGUGGCCCAUGGCGAUCCAGUUGCAAGCUAUCUAGACCGCUCGCAGCGCAAACUCGACAACCGUGACGAUGGCAUGUUUGUGCAGGCGCUCUCGUCAAACUGGGCGUACUCGUAUAUCUCGGGCGACUAUAACCCAAUCCACACGAAUCCGUACAUCUCCGAUCUAGUCGGUCUACCUGGAACCAUCACCCACGGCAUGUGGACCAGUGCGUCAACCCGCUCGCUUAUUGAGCGCUAUGCACAGUUUGUCGGCAUGGUCUUGCCUGGGGAUAAGCUCGAAACCAAACUGCGACAUGUCGGCAUGAAGCACGGCCGCAUGCUGAUUGCAGGCGAGACAUUCAAUGCGGAUGGAAAGAAGGUGCUUAUCUGCACCGCAGAGGUCGACCAGGCGCCAACUGCAUACGUUUUCACCGGGCAAGGGUCCCAGCAGACCGGCAUGGGCAUGGACCUAUAUAAAUCGUCAGCGGCGGCACAGGGUGUCUGGGACCGUGCCGACAAGUACAUGCUUAAGCAAUACGGCGUGUCAUUGCUUGACAUCGUCCGCUCGAACCCAAAAGAGUACACUCUCGAGCACAGCAUCAGCUCUACCCAGUAUCACAUCCAGGACCCGCCGCUAUACCCACCGGUCGCCUAUGGGCUGCUUCAUGCUACGCAGUUUACGCAACCGGCAAUUAUAAUCUUUGAGCUGGCAACAGUCGCCGAUCUUCGCUCUCGUGCACUCAUCCACGAGGAUGCUGUGUUUGCUGGCCAUUCUCUUGGCGAGUACAUCGCGCUUGCAGCAACCUCAAACGUGUUUACUAUCGAGGACACGGUUGAUAUUACCUUCUACCGCGGCAUGGUUAUGCAGUCAUCAGUCGAGCGCGACGAGUUUGGGCGUUCCCCCUACGGCAUGUUUGGCGAAAAGGCCCUCAGUGCAGUUGUCGACCUUAUUGGCACCCAGACAUCUGAGCUGCUGGAGAUUGUCAACUACAACAUCCAGUCGCAGCAAUACGUGGUGGCCGGACGGCUGACUAACCUUAACGUCCUGCAGCGCGUUCUGGACACACUCUUUGCCAUCUACUCUCGUGACAGCACGCUGGUGGAUUUGUCUGCUGUGAGCGAGGUUGUCAGUGGUAUACUCUCGGACGGACCUGAUAUGGCCCCGCCACAGCGCGGUCGGGCUACCAUUCCACUGGCAGGAAUUGACGUGCCAUUCCACUCGAGCCUGCUGCUUAACGGCGUCGAGCCCUUCCGCCUGUGCGUCAAAAAGGCUGUCUUCGAGUCCAAGCUUGACUACCGCCGCCUGAUCAACCGAUACAUCCCCAACCUGACAUCGUACUUUGAGAUGGUCUACCAAAUCACAAACUCCAUGGCCAUCAACCACGAGCUGCAGGAAUGGGGAUCAGUUCAAUCGUCUGAGGAUGAGCGGGACCGUCUGGCUCGAGUCCUGCUGACUGAGCUGUUGGCGUACCAAUUCGCAUCGCCUGUGCGCUGGAUCGAGACACAGAAUCAAAUCCUCUGCAACUUCUCCAUCAGGCGCCUUAUCGAAAUUGGCCCAACAGCGACGUUAUGCGGUAUGGCACAGAAGACCUUGAGCUUGGUUGGUUCGGCCCAUCCGCAGUCGAUUGCCAUUCUGCAUUCUGAGAAGGAUGAGCAGGACAUCGGAUAUCUGUUUUCCGCAGAGACGGACAUGGACUCCACAUCUGACGACGCUGCUUUACAGCCUGAGCCAACUGCUACUGCUGUAGCACCAUUGGCUGCUCCACCCACGCCAGCUCUACCUGAGGCUCCAGCAACACCGGUUGAGGCAGUGCAAGACGCACCAAUUGAUCCUCGGGAUGUUGUGCAGGUUCUAGUCGCCCAGAAGCUAAAGCGGUCACUAGAGGAUAUAGAGGCUAACAGGACAAUCAAAGACCUGACUGCUGGAAAAUCUACUCUUCAGAACGAGAUCGUUGGUGACUUGCAAAAAGAGCUAGGUAGUGGGGUGCCCGAAAAGCCUGAGGAUUUGUCGCUGCACGAUCUUGGCAACAGCAUAUCGUCCUUCUCAGGGACCCUGGGCAAGCACUCAUCUUCUCAGAUUGCUCGCCUGUUCAGCACCAAGAUGCCUGGUGGAUUCACCGUUUCUUCUGCCCGCAAUCACCUGCACUCUCGCUUUGGGCUAGGAAGCGGGCGACAGGACUCUGUGCUGCUCUUAGCACUUGCCAUGGAGCCAGCAUCCCGUGUUGACAAUGGGUCUGCGGCCACAAUCUGGCUUGACUCCAUUGCACAGCUGCAUGCUAAGAGGGCCGGCAUCUCACUAAGCACGGCCGUGGCCAAUGGGCAAGGAUCGCAUGGACCAGGAGCGGUGGUCCCUGGUAUCAACAGCGCUGAAUUUGAAAAGAUGCAAAAGGAGCAGCGCGCGCUUAUCAUCCACCAGAUACAAGCACUGGCACAUCAUGCCGGUAUCGACCUUCGUGAAGGUAGCAAGGCUCGAGACGCUGCAGUAUCUGCAUCAGAGAAAUAUCAGCAGCGUCUUGACGGAUUGGUUCAUGAGCUGGGGGAUGACUUUUUAGAUGGCGUCGCUGGCAUUUUCGAGGCACGCAAGGCCCGAGUGUUCGACUCGUCGUGGAAUUGGGCUCGGCAGGCGCUGUAUGAGCACAUUCAUAGUAUCCUCACUGGUGCUGAAGGAAAGCAACCGCCAGAGCUCAGCCUAGCGCGCCAGCAUUAUCUGGUCAACUGUGCUAGCCGGCCACUGCUCGGCCAUAUCUCUGGAAUCUCCGCCGUUCUCCAAGGGUCUGAGGAUAGACGUGUCCAGUAUGUCAUUGAGCUAUGUGCUUCAUUGACGAAGGAAUGCGAACGUGCGCUGCACCAGGACCCAGUAUACAGAGAGUUCUCCUUCCCCACCUGCCCCCAGACACAUAUCGACGCCAAAGGAAGUGCUUCUUACCGCGAGGCACUACGGAGUACGGAACCAUCGUUUUCCGAGUAUAUCGAGCACAUGAAGGCAGAGGAAAAUGGCCAGUCACCGAUGCUCCAUCUCAAGGCUGUGCAGUCUUCUGGUAGAUGGGAGUAUUGCCAGCAGCAAACUGCUGAGUACUUUGCCUGCCUGGAGGACAUCAACACGGGUGGGCUGUCAUUCAGCGGUAAGACUGCACUUGUUACUGGCUGUGGGAAGGGAUCAAUCGGUGCCCAGGUUUUACGCAGAAUGCUUGCCGGUGGAGCCCAGGUCAUUGCAACUACCUCGUCGUAUAGUCGCAGGACACUGCAAUUCUUUGAGGAUAUGUAUCGCGAAUGCGGUGCCAAGGGGUCGCAGCUUGUCGUCGUGCCGUUCAACCAGGGGUCAGUUGAUGAUGUCACCGCUCUUGUCGGGUACAUCUAUAGCAAAAAGGGGCUGGGCUGGGAUCUCGACUAUGUUGUUCCGUUUGCAGCAAUUUCAGAAGUAGGCAGCGACAUCUCGCAGAUAACCUCGCGGUCAGAGCUGGCUCACCGGAUUAUGCUCACUAACCUGGUCCGUCUGCUUGGCGAGAUCAGGCAGACUAAGGCACUAUUGCAUCUGGAAACCCGACCGACACUUGCUGUGUUGCCGCUUUCACCAAACCAUGGUGUGUUUGGCGGCGACGGCCUCUAUGGUGAGAGCAAAAUCGCGCUAGAGACAUUGGCCAAUCGCUGGCGCUCUGAGUCGUGGGCAGACUACCUGUCAAUCGCAGGGGCGGUAAUCGGGUGGACACGAGGCACAGGGCUUAUGGACGGCAACAACCUGGUGGCAGAAAAGAUAGAAGCGCAUGGUGUACGAACAUUCUCGACUGUGGAGAUGGCAUUUAAUAUCCUGGGUCUAAUGCACGAUGGCAUCUGCGACUUGGCACAGACCGCGCCAGUCUGGGCGGAUCUCAACGGCGGGUUUGACUGCAUUGACGAUCUCAAAAGUACGGUGACUAUGGCGCGUUCUGAGAUUACGUCCGUUGGCAACAAGCGGAAGAUGGUCAGCACCGACUCUGCAUUGGACUACUACACUAUUCAUGGACCUAGCACAGCCAGAUCGCCUAUCACAUUACCAGCUGGCGCAUUGGCCAACCAUCAAGUCAGAUUCCCAAAGGUCAGAACGACAACCCAGCUCGCACACCUCAAGUACAUGGAGGGGAUGAUCAAUUUAGACAAAGUUGUGGUUGUCACCGGAUUUGGCGAGGUUGGUCCAUAUGGCAGCUCAGCCUGCCGCUGGGAGAUGGAGGCGUACGGAGAAUUUUCGCUCGAGGGCUGCAUCGAGCUGGCAUGGGUCAUGGGCUAUACUAAGCACUUUAAUGGGUCCAUGAUGGCCACAGGCAAGCACUACACCGGAUGGGUCGACUGUGCUACGGGAGAGCCGGUCCGCAAUAUGGAUAUUAAGGCAAAAUACGAGAAGCGCAUUCUAGAGCACACAGGAAUCCGCUUUAUUGAGCCCGAGCUGCACAACGGAUACGACCCCAACAGAAAGACCAUCAUGUGCGAGCUUCAGAUAGAGCACGAUAUGGAGCCAUUCGAGGCGAGCAGUGAGGCUGCUAGGCAGUUCAAGCUAAAGAAUGGAGACAGGGUCGACAUCUGGGAGAACGCAGAGGGAGCCUGGAUGGUGAAGUUCCUGAAGGGUGCUGUGAUAGUUGUCCCAAAGGCCAUGAGAUUCGACCGGCUGGUUGCUGCUCAGAUUCCGAGUGGUUGGGACCCGGUGCGCUAUGGAAUUCAAGAGGAUCUGGUCAGACAGAUCGACCCCAUCACCUGCUAUGCGCUAGUUGCCACUGUGGAAGCCUUGCUGAGAGCCGGUGUCACUGAUCCGUAUGAGCUAUACCAAUACUUCCAUGUGUCAGAGGUUGGCAGCACAGUUGGCUCAGGGCUCGGUGGCUGUUAUUCGAUACAAAAUGUCUUCCACAACCGCUCGCUCGACAAGGACAUGAACAGCGACGUCCUUCAAGAGACAUUUAUUAACGUCGCUGCUGCCUGGGUCAACAUGCUUUUGCUAUCGUCUGCCGGACCAGUUAAGCCCGUCGUUGGUGCAUGUGCUACCUCUGUGCUGUCAAUUGAUGUGGCCGUUGAAACCAUCCAGUCGGGCAAGGCCAGGGUCAUGCUGGCUGGCGGCAUUGACGACUUUGCCGAGGAUCCGAGCUAUGAGUUUGCCAUGAUGGGCGCAACAUCGAAUGCAGUUGAUGAAAUAGCUAAUGGCCGUGCCCCUGGGGAGAUGUCGCGCCCAUGCACUACGACCAGAAGCGGGUUUAUGGAAGGCGAGGGUGCAGGUAUAGCGCUGCUGAUGUCUGCAUCAGCAGCCAUUGAAGCUGGUGCCCCGAUAUAUGGAAUUAUUGCUAUGGCAGGCACAGCGACAGACAAGCAAGGCCGCUCGGUGCCAGCGCCAGGCAAGGGUGUGCUCGUUUCGGCUAGGGAGGGGCUGGCCACCUGCAGGUCAAGGCUCCUGGACAUGGGCUAUCGUCGCAGGCAACUUAAGCGCCGCAAGGUGGAGAUCGACAACUGGGUCGCUGAGGAGAUGGCCAUCGCAGAGGAAGAUGCAGACGCGAUUCAAGCCGAGGCAGAUGCUCAGCGCAAGGAAGCCAUGGACACUUGGGGAAACAGCUUCUGGUGCCGUAACCCGCAGAUAUCUCCGCUGCGCGGCUCGCUAGCUGUGUGGGGACUGACUGUCGACGACAUUGGUGCUGCUUCGUUCCACGGCACGUCAACCAAGGCCAAUGACAAGAACGAGUCGGCACUCAUCAACACGCAGCUGAAGCACCUUGGCCGUACCCCUGGACACGCAGUCCCUGCGGUAUGCCAAAAGUGGCUCACCGGCCACCCUAAGGGCGCGGCGGCAGCCUGGAUGUUGAAUGGGGCACUACAGAUUCUUGACACCGGCAUUAUCCCAGGCAACCGCAAUGCUGACAACAUCUCGUCCGAGCUUGAGGAGUAUGACCUAAUCUUCUACCCAAACAAGACAGUCAAGACGUCUGGAGUCAAAGCCGUUCUACUCAAGUCAUUCGGCUUUGGGCAGGUCGGUGGAGAGGUCCUUGCUGUGCACCCUGAUUACUUGCUUGCAGCGUUGCCUGACGCCGAACUAAGCGCAUACCAGGCCAAAGUCCAGCAGCGCGCCCAGCAGGCAACACGGUACUGGCAGGACGUGCUUGUGGGGAACCACAGCUUCGUCCAAGCCAAGGAUUCGCCGCCAUUUUCCGGAGGACAAGAACAGCGGGUUUACCUUGAUCCGCUCGCACGAACCAGCUACGAUCCGGCAUCGCGCAGAUGGAAAUUCUGA